AUGGUGACGACAUCAAAGCCUCCAACAAUCACUGAGGCCAUUGAUCUAAGUGUGGCAUUGACUGAAGAAGUGAUUAGGUUGAACAAGUUCUCGAUCUCUGAUGGAAAGAAAAAGGAGACUCAUGUCGAGUCAUCUGGAGAGAACAAGCGGAAGUUCUCCAACUUCAAGAAGGGUACUCAAGGAAACGUCUCCGGUAACAAGAAAAGGGAUGCGAACCCACCAGCUGAGGUCAAGACUGGUGUUGCAAAUUCAGAGAACAAGGGGAAAGGAUACAUGGGCACCUUGCCUAAGUGUGAUGUGUGCCAGCUCCAUCAUACCGGCCCAUGUAGGUAUAGGAAGUGUGAAUCUUGUGGGAAGAAUGGUCAUUCGAAGGAGUCAUGCUGGGCCGGUACUGGUCAUGGAAAUGGUGGUCAGGGAGGAAAUAGUAUUGGGAACGGAAACCGUGGUGGAAACGGUUACGGAAACCGCAAUCAAGGAGGAAAUGGCGGUAAUGGUAAUCGUGGUGGUACUGGAAACCAAGCUGGAAAUGGAAACCGCAACAACAAUCAGGGUAGUACUGGAAACAAGCAAGGAUGCUUUAGUUGCGGAGAUAUUGGGCAUUUCAAGAGAGAUUUCCCAAAGAACAACCAAGCCCAAGGAAGAGUUUUCAACAUUGGGGCUAGGGAAGCUCGCCAAUAUCCGAACGUAGUUACGGGUGCCGGAAAAUCCUCCAAAGCUGCCUCCAAGUUCGGUAUGGCUGAUCUUGACACUGUCAAAUCCAAGAAGAAGAAGGCCAUUGCAAGCCCGAGCGUCUCCAUCCCCAAGGCACCCAUCAAAGGAAGGGGUGGCAAAAAGAGAAAGAGCUCUGAUGUUGAGGACCUACAAGGCCUGCCCCUGAUCUGCCACCAGUUCCUCGAAUACUUCAAUGAGAAAUUUGCUGAGAUUGAGGAUUACAUGGGGAGCGUCGAAGAGCUGGAUAAGAGGAUUGCUGACCUCCAACAAAUCUCAAUACUCAAGGAUCACAAGAUCGCUGAUCUUGAAAAGACCCUCCAAGCUGCCAGGACCGAAACAGCCAAACUCCUGAUUGACAUCGACUACGAGAAGCAUGAAAUCGUGGUAGGUGCAAAGGUCUCUGCUGCUAUCACAAUGUACAAGACAAGACUGUAG